UCUGUUACUUGAUCCAUCGUAUUGAUAAAUGCUUAUAAAAUGUUAUUCGCGUACGCAUGUCAUUCAGUGUAAUUGUGAUAGUGGAUGUGUACAAUGUAGUUGUGUGCAAGGUUGAAUAACUGAAAUUUUCGUGUAUUUUCAGUGCGCGGUUAUAGGUCAGUGGCAUUUAGUUUUGUUUGGGAUCAGUGUUUUCACACCUUUAGCGGCAUGACGACGAGUUUCUCUGGAGCAACUUUUUUGUAAUAAAAAAAGUUUGAGUGGUUGAAUAGUACACUUUUUUAUUAUUAAGGAUAACUUCUUCCUGUUAACGUUUUGUAAUCAGAUUUUGAAAAACCGCUAAAACCAAAAAUGGAGGAUCGUGAUGGUCCAGCGCAGGCGCAUAAACUUCUGGGUCAGAAGACCAGGGUCACCAGGCCUGUAGACAAUGCAUUGACAAGAACUUUGCGAUCAUGUUGUUUCAUCCCUCAGCGCUAUAUACUCGGAGUCAUGGGUUUGCUCGGCGUUUGCAAUGCCUAUACAAUGCGAGUCUGCCUCAACUUAGCCAUAACUCAGAUGGUUCGAGUGAACAAGACGAAACAAGUUUAUGUUGAUGAGUUUGCGUGCCCGAGUGAUGAUGUUGACGUCACUAACACCACAUCUGUUGUAGUUGAAAAUCCAUACGCAAUCGGCGAAUGGGAUCAAGCUACCCAAGGUCUGAUUUUGAGCGGGUUCUACUAUGGAUACGCGGCUACUCAGGUCCCUGGAGGGUACUUUGCGGAGAAAGUGGGGGGAAAAUGGACCCUUGGUCUAGGGUUGUUGAGUACCGCCCUAUUCACUUUUCUGACGCCGAUCGUGACGAGGGCAGGCGGCGCCACUUGGCUUUUCAUAUUACGUAUUCUUCAGGGAAUGGGCGAGGGACCUACAAUGCCGGCUCUCAUGAUCAUGCUGGCCAGAUGGGUGCCGCCCCACGAGCGCUCCUUCCAAGGAGCCCUAGUCUUCGGCGGGGCGCAGAUUGGCAACAUCUUCGGUUCCUUCAUGUCUGGAAUUCUCCUAUCUGAAGGCAGAGACUGGGCAUAUGUGUUCUAUUUCUUUGGCGGCUUCGGCAUUUUGUGGUUCAUUUUAUGGAGCCUUUUAUGCUACAGCACGCCGAACACACAUCCUUACAUUUCAAAGAAGGAAUUGACGUAUUUGAACAACAAUGUGACUACAGCUGACAGCCAUGGAGCGAAGGAUCCUGUGCCUUGGAAGGGCAUAUUGCGUUCGGCGCCAGUCUGGGCACUAGUCUGGGCUGCUGUUGGUCACGACUGGGGCUACUACACAAUGGUCACUGAUCUCCCGAAAUAUUCCCACGAUGUCCUCAAAUUCAACAUUGCGACCACUGGCACACUGACCGCUCUGCCAUACAUGGCCAUGUGGCUGUGUUCCUUCCUAUUUGGCUUCGUUUGUGACUUGUGCAUCAAAAAAGGCUGGCAUACGAUCAAAACUGGAAGAAUUAUACACACUACGAUUGCGGCAACGGGUCCAGCCAUUUGCAUCAUUCUGGCGUCAUACGCUGGCUGUGACCGCACCGCAGCCAUGGUCUACUUCGUGCUGUCCUUAGCUCUGAUGGGAGGCUUCUACAGUGGCAUGAAGGUGAAUGCUCUAGACCUCGCACCUAACUACGCCGGGUCAUUGACCUCACUUGUCAACACAACGUCCACCUUCGCAGGCAUCGUGACGCCAUAUCUUAUAGGGCUAAUGACACCAAAUUCAACGUUACAAGAAUGGCGCGGCGCAUUUUGGGUGUGUUUCGCUGUAUUGGUCGGCACCAAUGUGGUAUAUUGCAUCUGGGCUGAUGGCAAGCAACAGUGGUGGGAUGACGUGCGGCAGUACGGAUACCCACCAGGCUGGAAGCAUGGUCCCAUCAUUAGAGAAACCAUACCUGAUGAAGUAGAAGCAGUACAACUGACUCGAAAAGAGGAUCAGAAAGAGUGACGUCAUGUAUACCUGUCUUUAUCUGACCCUAGUAUAAAGAAAAGGAGAGGUGUAGACAUUUUUUGUCUAUGGCCAGUUUGUGUAGCCAAACCAUUAAGUAAUCUUUAAAGUGUGUAGGACUCACUCAUAAAAUGAGUAUAAAAUUGUUGUCGAUUUUUUAUUAGUUUUGAUUAAAAAUGUAUGAUAGCAUCAAUUACUUGAAUUUAGUACAAGUUUUAGAUAUGAGAGAAACUCAAUAUUAUUGUGUUCAUACUCAUUAAGUUUUGUAAAAGAAAAUAAGCAUAAUAUUAUUAAAAUGAUAGAUAGCUGCUUGUUAGUUUAAGUAUUAAGGAUUUAAGCCCAGUGCCUAGUCAAAACAAGAAAAUAAUUCUCACUUAAAUAAAAAAAACCCACAAAGAAAGACAUUCCGACUAUAUUUUUGCUGCCUUAAUAUUCUUCAACUUUUAAAGUUGCUUACAUAAAGGAUACUUAACUUAUACAAAAGUUUUUGAACCAAUUUAAUUUUAAUACCUAAACUUGUUAUUUUAUAUGCUUUAUAUACAAAUGUUAAGUGCAAUUAAAAUAAAUGAAAAUUA